CACGAACUAAAACCUUUAUAAUAUAUCCGAUAUUUGACUAAAAAUCAUAUUUAAUUAGUUAAUUAUGUCCAUGACUAAGUUAGGUAGAACAACUUAAAAGAACAUAUGCGAACAACAGACUACAUGAGAACUAUUCUACUCUUUGGUUCAGAAAACUAUCAAAUCAAAAUUCUUGUCAAACAUCCACGCCAACAAAAACAACAUGAAACGCAGAAACAUACCAGGAAAGCAGAGCACGAAGAUACUCAUCAACGCCUCUAGUUCCAGCAGCGACGAGCGGGUCUCCCAGCACCAGGUGCAAGCCGCUGUCAGACGAAAAUAUGACCUAUCACCUCUUAUAUCAAGGGCGACAAUGCUGUCCAGUGAUGCGUCUCUUUCCUCCUCGAUCACCAGAUUCCGAACAGAUUUCAACGACUUGAAAUGCAAGAUGCGAAUCUUCGGCGAAUCUUUGAACCUCUGCCAGUGUAUGGCUAGCGAUUUCAAAGCCAAACUGGCGCUGAUGGAGAGAAGGCUGCAAGACCUGGAGAAGAGAGAGAAAAUAGAAAGGACCGGAAGUAACUACUCAGCAAUCAUACAGAAAAACAGAGCACUGUCGAGUAGGACGCUGCAAGAUGCCAAGAAACUCCAAAUGUGCGGCACUGAGGAGGAGAUGCGUGAUGUGGCUGCCAGGAUCUGCAGGAACUACUUGCACGGUGCCUGGAAGAGCGUGGACCCUAAGCAACUGGACUUUAAACGUAUCAGCGGUGGUCUAUCCAACUUCCUGUACUACGUGGCUCUUCCCGAAGACACCAGCAACCUGAGCAAGUACAACGCGAGAGAGAGCUCCCCCGAAGAGGACGAGUCUGUCUCGCUCACCUCCAGGUUCCUGAGGAAGAAUAUGGGCAGGUCCAACUCCUUCUCAAUCGAGGAGCCACGGAAGGUUCUCCUCAGGAUAUACGGGCAGGUGCAUGGUGAACGAGCCAUGGACGCAAUAGUGACCGAAUCUGUGGUUUUUACGUUACUAAGCGAGAGAAGACUGGGGCCAAAGUUACACGGAGUAUUCUCUGGAGGCAGAAUCGAGGAGUAUAUACCGGCACGUUCCUUACUUACCAAAGAGCUAUCAGAACCGGCUUUGUCUAUGAAAAUCGCGGAAAAGAUGGCCGCCAUCCACUCUAUGGACGUGCCAUUAUCAAAAGAGCCCAAUUGGCUUUGGAAAACCAUGGGCAAGUGGUUGAAGACCGUUCGAGAGGAAAGACUGGCGGGAAACAUACAGGGAAAGAAUGAUGAUGAAAAGAAAAUAAUAAAGACUUUAAAAUCUAUAGACUUUGAGAAGGAAAUUGAAUGGUUGAAAAAAUUCAUAGCUCUGGUAGACUCUCCUGUUGUAUUCUGUCACAACGACCUACAAGAAGGCAACAUCCUCCUCCUAGAAGACGUUAUACAAAACUCAGACGACGACGUAUCAACAUUAUACAUGCAAAGAUGCAGCACAGAUUCACCAAAAUCUGACAAAGAGAACAACCAUACUUGCGUUACGGACAAACCGGAAAUACGACCUUCAGACCUAAGAUCCACAGAGAACAUACUCAAUAGAAUCGACCCCGUUUCCGGUUACGAGGACGCGAACACAUCGGACAGUAUACUCUCAGAUUCGGGCGAACCGAAAAUGGUUUUGAUUGACUUCGAAUACUGCGCGUACAACUACAGGGGUUUCGAUAUCGCCAAUCAUUUUCAGGAAUGGGGUUACGACUACACGAAUCCUGAACACCCUUUCUACUUUGAGAACCAGGAGAAUUGUCCGACUUUGGAGCAGAAAGAGAUAUUCAUCAAGGAGUACUUGAAGCACUACCACGCGAAUGUUUCGGAGGAGAAAUACUAUUGUUCCAUAGACGAGGUAAACCACCUCCUGGGCGAGGUGGACGCUUUCGCGCUGGCCAGCCACCUGUUCUGGAGUCUAUGGUCUGUGGUCAACGCGUCCAAGAGUCAGAUACCCUUCGGUUAUUGGGAAUACGCUCUCUCCAGAAUAGAAACAUACCAACGGCUAAAGCAGGAAGUGAUCAAGAAGGACAAAUACGGUUUGCCACAGAAGAGGAAAAUAUGCGAAGUGGACAUUUGAGAGAGAACCGCCGCCCUCACAGUUUAGGUUAGCUAUCUCGCUCUCACGGGUCCGAGUGACAGGGACAGCCUGCUACACGGUACGUCGCUCCAGCUGGACAACUGCUGCCUUAUUGAUUUGAAGUAUAUCCAUCCAUUUGUAUUAUCACGUAUUUUUAAAUUAAGUGUGAAAUCUACCUGUUAAAUGCUUAAAAAACAAAAAAAAAAUUGCAGCCUAAGGCUAGAGAAAAUUCGACACGGCCGUCAGGGCCGCGGUAGCAUAAUGGUCGGAGCAUUCGUCCGGAUAGCGAAGGGUGCUGGUUCGAGUCCCGUCUGCUGCCUGGCCCGCGUGGAAUUUUUUCUAGUAAUCUUUUCUGUAAAGUUUUGAAAUUCAGUCAAGAAAUACUAGAAGAGAUUCGAAACGGCUAUUAAAGUCACAUUAGUAUAAUUGGUUAGCGCGUGCGCCCGGAUUGCGGAAGGUGUAGGUUCGAAUCCUCUCAUAAAACUCAACCAAGUAGAAUAUUCUCUUGUGAAAUUUUAGAUUUAUACACUUCAAAUCAAUUUGGUAUUGGCAACUUUAAAUGAGACUAAUUUUAAGAGUAUCUCAAAUCAGGGAAUACCAAAUUAAGUUUAUCUAACUGUCGGAAGAUAUUUGUAAACAUCUCGCGAACGAGUCAAGAACAUUAUUAGAUAGUGUGUGUGUGAUAUGAAAACAUUUGUUGUUUUAAUUAGAUAUGAACUCUUACGAAAAUAUUCUUUUUGAUUAUGUUAAAGGUCAAAUCCUCGAAAUGUAAAAUAGCCCGUUUAUAGAAUAAACUUUGUAAAUGUAUAAUUAGUACAAAAAUAAUGCGUGUAUGUAAUUUAUACUUAAAUAAAAAAAAUGCAAAAAAGCACUGAAAUAUCUCUAAGAAAUCUAUUUGUAAUGCUUAGUUUUAUACGUAUUAUAAUUAAUAUUUGAUUUGCCUUUUUUUUCGUCACAAAAUAACCGAGCGUAGCCCAAAUUAUUGUAACUGGCAACUUUGGGUACAGUGUUGCCGUGAUUAAUACAAUAGGGUAUUUGACAGUAUUAAAAAUAAAGUGCCAAUUGUUAGCGUCUGUGUUUAGAAUGAAUAUUGACAGGGGUUUUUACUAUUUUUACAAAAAAAUUAUAAUUUUACUAAAAACCCACGAAAUAGAUAAUAGCUUUCUUAUUUAUUGUCACGUGACCCAAAACGCUUGGGAUUGGCGGUGCAAAAUGACGUCACACGCAAGUAAACUUCCGGUUAAAGUGACAUUACAUUGUAUCGUUUGACGUUUUAAUAACAGUCGUGUGACGUCACACACUAGUAAGACGCCAUAUUGUCCAGAAAAACGUUUUCGCGGCAACUUGAAAAUGGAGUUUUUUAUUUGGUUCUUUUUACUGAAAUACACAACAGAAUGAUGAAUAUGAACUUUUUACGGACUCCAUAAACAUUACUCAAUAACAUGAGAUCGUUUUUUAAAACUUAUCAAAUACCC